AUGCCUACGGCCGAUUCAACCUCUUCUGUUUUCCUGAAGACCCCAGCGGGAAGGAAAUACAUUCUUGAGCCGCCCAUUACUAUUGGACAGUUGCUUGACGUAGCGGCAAACCAGCUUCUUCUUGAAGUCAGCAAUGCAAAAUUCUUUUUAAAUGGCUCUCUACUGUACGCUGCAGGAAAAGAUGAUACGGGCGCAAAUGCAAAUGUACUUCAAGAGGAGAUCAUCAUUCCUGGUGGGAGAUCCAUUAUUGUUGUGGCAAAACCACUCCAAUGUGUGGCAAAGUGGGCCGCUGCAGAGGCAAUGCGUAAAAAGGUUGACAUAAAAAAUAGCAGAGAACCACCUGACCAAUCAUCCCCGAAACGGUCGUGUGCUUCACCCCUUUCACCUUCUGAAAAUGCUUCCCCACAAAGUGGCGGUGCAGACGAGCUCGCCAACGGUCCAAGUUUAUAUGAAUUUAUGAAGCAGUUUAUAUUUCUUCAGGGACGCCGCGGGCUCCGACAAAUGCUUUACAUUGCCAGAAAUCAGUACGGUGACUUCCCACGAAGCCUCCAAGAUCACCAAACUAUGGUGUCGAUUGUAGAAUAUGUAGAUCGAGAUCCAACGCGACUGAGGGAUGUUCUUCGUACCAUCCUUGAGGAGGAGCCGGAUCUUUUUAGGUGGAUUGAGGCAAAUUCUGAGGUGUUUCUCGCGAUAAUUAACGGCCCUGUGCACCGACAGGAAGCGGCUUCUCCCGUAUGGCUCAUACGCAACAUGACGGAGGCGUACCACAGACAAAAUUCGAAGUGUGGUUUACCCCGUCGAUUUGGCCAGCCAGAGAACCCCCAGCCGUUUCAUGGCAGUGAGAGUCCUCAACAGAAUGGUGAGGUCCCUGCAUUGCGUUUGGUUGCUGCAACGCGGCCCCGCAACUUAGAGACGACCCACAACGCGGCGGCAAAAUCGUCUUGCCAAUCAGAUAUCCUCGUGGACGCUAAAUAUCGGAACGCUGCGGCGGAAAACACACUUGGUGCAGAUGAGGAGGGUCGGCAACUCGUUGACGAAAGCAUUGAGGCGGUUCAAACAACUUGCAAUGCCUGGGAAGUUGCAAAGGAUCGCUGGAUGGUACCUGCUGAAGGUAACACAAAUGUACAAGUAGUAAACCACCUGAUGUGCUCUCGUCUUCGAGAGGCACAGGAGUCUCUACUGCAGAGCAUGGAAGGUUACAUGGUGUCACAACCGCCGUUAUCUAUGCUACAGAAAGUCUGUGAGCUUGGACAACAGUUGUGGCAGGACGGUGAACAAUGGCUCAUCAAACAAAACGAUGUAUUGGGUGCCUUUCAACACGCGUUGGCCUGUUUACUGUUUGAAACAGGGAGGGAUUUGCUUACAGACUUUAUUGACGCGAAUAGCAAAAGUCCCCGUGGUUCACUGCGAAAGAAGAUUCCAGCACGGGAAGGUGUUGAAUACCACCCCUUGCUGGAUCCGUCUGUUAGCUGGAUCACACCCAAUGGACCGGAGUCUCUUGCCAACAAGUUACGGGACUAUACUGUGCGUGAGGAGGUAACCGUUGUGGUUUACACUAAGCUGUCGCCGAACCAUGCCAACGCCUACGUUAUCCACACGGGGCGGGUUUAUGUUGAACCGCUGAUAGUCGACGAUACGGCAAGGUACGAGCUGGAGGAUUUGGAAGUGUUAUAUUCUCUCAUCUCAUCAAGGGAAUUUUUAUUGCAGGACCCAGGAAUGCGGAAGGUAACAGAAAGCAACUGGAACGACCUUAUGGUCAAGUUGUACAAAAGAUUCAUAAGCCCUAUUGGGAUGCUUCUUCCGCAACCUGCCCAUGAUGUUAGUUCUCCCUUGUGUGAGGUGAAGCAGGUUUGCUUUAUUCACACGUGGUCCUCCAGGCACAUUCCGAUCCCAUUUCACGCGUUACUCAACCCAGUGGACUCAAAACCAUGUGUCUUACGGUGGGCACCAUUCGUUGCAGAGCGGCCUUGGCACCUUUUGGUAAGCGAGGGGAUACCAUGGUCCACUCCAGUUCCGCAGUCUCCCGUGAUAACACGGCUUACCGCCCCUAUUGCCUUUAGGCGGGAACCUCGGGAACCGGACAGUUGCUUAGUUUCGAAAACAAAUAUGGUAACGUACGUGAAUGUUAACGGUACGCAUUGCUCAUCAUUUGGGGAAAAGGAGUUGAAUCAACCCUUGGGGGUGCUAAACAAUGGACCAGUAGCGGAUGAAGGGGGCAUGUGGCAGGAUGUACCAUGGAAAACGUGGCUGACUGACGCGUUAGGGGACGUUCGCGCCGGUAUUCCGACUCAUGCUUCUAUGUUUGGCCGUGAUGAGCGUCACUUUAAAAAUACCGCACUUCUCAUUCAUGAGGUGACGCGCGGCUCCGGAGAUGACGCCAAUUGUGAAGCCAACGGAGCGGAUGGAUCGGCGGAGGUAAUCCGCGCAAAAACUCACUCAGUGAUGAUGGACAGACGAGUGCCGUAUAAUCAGGGUUCUGAUCUGUUUGUUUCUCACGUCUGUGGUCGUGAGAGUGGUGUGGGCAUUCACCGCUGUGCACUUUUGCCCGCCUUUAAAGUAAGUGAAUAUGAGCCGAUAGAGGUGUACAAUGCAUUCUUCAGGCUUCUUGUUGAGACUGAAAACGCAACCACUGCACAGGCGUAUCGCAUGGCGUUGUUAGAAUCAUGGAGCUCUAAUUUCAAGGAGGAGCCCUGGCGCUACACAUCAGUAAUGCUUUUUAACUACGGAGGUCCCAUGAAAACGCUCGAGCACCUCUGUGGGGAGGGAUCCGAGCCGCUCUCUGUAGUCAGUGAGGAGACAAUAAUAAAUAAUGUAUCGGAACAAGCUGAGGUGCCUAGAACUCAUACAGUUGGGAAGAGAACGAAGCGACUUUCUGCUCACCGUGACACAACGAAUGGACGCUAUGUGGAGGGCCGCGCCAUCGACGUUAUUUACGAUGUCGUAUUGCAUGGCCUUUCCACCAGUCGUCCGGAGGGAAUGGUUGCUAUCCUAGAUUGUAUGAUUGGUUGCAUUGAGAAAAACCGUAUAAGCCUCGAAAAAUCUAUAAAGAGACGACAGAAAAAACAGGACAAGGCAUCGAAACAACUCAGUCUCUAUUUGUGCUCCCGUUCAUCACCAACUGGGGGCCACUCCGCCCGUGGCUCGCCUGGAACUGCGUCCGCCAGAGGAAAGGCUCAUGCAUCAAGAGGGAAUUGCAACAAAGCUAAUGAUGAGAUCCAAGAGGGAGUUAUCUCACCACCUUCGGGACGAGGAGGGAAACGAUCUCCAUUCAAGCGGCGCUGA